AUGGAAAGUUUGAAUGACAACACCACUACUCCGUUUAAUCUAGAAGACAUUGCUCUUAACACGAGUGUUUCUUUUAAUACAACUACUACUACAGAAACUAUUGUUAACGGAUUAGCUUGUUUAUUCAUAAUUUUCGGUGGAUCUAUUCCUUAUGUCUUUCAGUAUCUGGAAAUCAACGACCGUAAAGAUGCAAGAGGUUUCUCAUUAUAUGUUUGUUUAACAUUAUGUAUUGCUAAUAUUUUGAGAAUUCUUUUUUGGUUUGGAAAUCAUUUUGAUACACCACUUCUUAUACAAAGUGGUGUUAUGUUAAUAACAAUGUUCAUAAUGUUAGAAAUAUCAGUAAGAAUGAAUAAAAAAACAAUUUUAAAAUCUCAAUGGACAUCAAUAUGGAGUAAGUUUCUUAAAAAAAAUGUCAUGGUUAAUGAAAGUCUUUAA